GACACAAAAAGGCAAUAAAUUCUCGGAGGGAAAUUGGUGAAAAAGCCCUAAACUUCAACGGAAACCCCAAAAUCCCCAAAUCGAGAGAGGUUAAAGAAACUUCAAUUUCUCUUUUCUUGAAGUGAUCGGCAAGUGAUGGCGGUGGACGGUGACGGAACUGUUGGAGGUGGAGAUUCUCAACCACCGGUGACGGUGACUACUGCGGCGGCGACGACAGAGAUGGCUAUCGCGAGGCUGAGUCGGUUUCCUAACAUGGAGCACAUUUCUGAUAACUACGACGAUCUGAAACUGGAAUUUAGCUCUUCCGUGUUAAGAUCGCUAGAGAAGUACUUGCCGCCGGAAAUGCUCACGGCGAACAGAGAAGCGAAGGCCAAAUUCAUGUCUGACAUUUUGCGCAAGUACAUUUCCCGCGAAGAAUGUUCCAAAGCUAAUUGGCGCAAGACCUAUUGGCAGAGGAUAAAAUCCAAUUAUCAGCCACUUUGCAGGGACUUGUAUAAUUUUGAUCCCGAAUUGUUUCUGCUUCCCUCUUUCCGUAAGGCGAUCAGCGACAACACAGAGGAAAGCUUCAGACGCAUCAUUUCUGAACCGUUUCCUGGUGUUUUUGUCUUUAAAUUGUUUCAGCCUGACUUCUUUCAGAAAUUGAUAGUAGAGGUAGAAAAUAUCAAAAAGUGGGCUCAUGAGAAAAAGUUCCAAAUCAGGAGACCGUACCACUCGAUAUUCUUCCCUGAAGUGUGUGGAACAAUGUUUGACUCUCACCAUGGAUUUAUUGUUGAAAAUGGUGCAGAUAGGGAUGCUCCAUUAGACCAUCAUUUUGAUGAUUCAGAAAUAACAUUGAAUGUUUGUGUGAGGAGACAAUAUGAGGGAGGGGAAAUAUCUUUCAUUGGCACACGAUGCGUGAAACAUAUGCGAACAAAUAUAAAGCCAGAGGAAGUUUUUCAUUACUGUCAUACACUGGGUCAAGCUAUACUUCACCGUGGCCGCCACCGCCAUGGUCCCAGAACCACCACAAAUUCUUGUUCUCGGGGCAAUAUGAUUCUCUGUUGCAGAAACUCUUUGUUUAGAGAGAUGGAAACUUAUGAGAAGGAAUUCCCAGAGUGGUGCGGUCAAUGCGCCCAUGAAAAGAAAGAAAAGGAAAGCCAGAGUCUUGCUGCCAAAAGAAAGGGGAUGAUUAGAAUUGAGGGUGGAGGCAAAGCACGAUGAAACAUAACACAUAGCGUACACAAUUGGUCAAGCCCUGAAGUUUUUGCUUUACUCUUUUUCGACUCUUUACUUGAGAAACUGAGUAUAUGUAGAAUCAUUUGAUGUAAAUACGUCUUUGUAUAUUGAAUCUUCUUGUCUCUCACACUUACUUGUACAAGGAACCAUAUAAUGUAGAUCUGAUUGCUAAUUUU